AGCGGCCGAGGCUGCCACUGCCGCCGCCGCCGCCGCUUCUGGGUUGCUGAGAGGCCUCGCUUGAGCCCGUCAGGAGCUGAGUACAGCACAGCGGUUUCUAAGAUGCUGUGUGUGAAACAUUUGCUGUGGGCCUGAAGAGAGCUGCUAAUGACAUGGUGCUGAGUCUUCCAGAUGAGCUCUGGAAUGGCCAGCCAAGAAACAGAAGUUCAGGGAUUGAUCCUAGAUAGUGAUUCAAUGAUCGAAGGAAUAAGUGACCAGGUCCUGCUGGCAGUGGUGCUCAGCAUCACAUUCCUUGCUGCACUGGCAUACAUGCUUUUAAGAAAUGCCCACCCAGCUAUUCAUCCAGAAAACCAAGAGCUAGUGAGAGCAAUUAGACAACAAAUACAAUCAGAACAGCAGAAUGUACUUGAAGACAGACAACGUUUCUAUACUGAUAUGUCAUGCCCAGUGUGUUUACAGCAGGCUACAUUUCCCAUUGAAACAAACUGUGGACAUCUUUUUUGUGGUUCCUGCAUUAUUGCAUACUGGAGGUGUGGUCCAUGGGGAGGUGCAAUACAUUGCCCUAUCUGCAGGCAAACGGUAACUUUAUUUUUACCACUCUUCAAUGAGGAACAAGAAGAUGCUAUGCAGGUGCUUCAGGCUGUUGACGACUACAACAGGAGAUUCUCAGGACAGCCAAGAUCGAUUAUGGAAAGGAUUAUGGAUUUGCCCACGUUAUUGCGCCAUGCGUUCAGAGAAAUGUUUUCCGUUGGCGGUCUCUUCUGGAUGUUCCGCAUCCGAAUAUUCCUCUGCCUCAUGGGAGCUUUGUUGUACCUGGCAUCCCCCCUGGAUUUUCUCCCCGAAGCCCUGUUUGGAAUUUUGGGGUUUUUAGAUGAUUUCUUUGUGGUGUUUCUGCUACUCAUCUAUAUAUCUAUAAUGUACCGAGAGGUUGUAACACAGAGACUGAACAGAUGAAGGCAAAUGUCAGUGACCAACAUUCAGGAGCACUAAGGGGGGUGCUUAACUAAAUGAGCCACUAUGAAAUAAUCAUCUUGACACAUUUUCAGUUUCUGCUAUUAAAUAGCUUCUAGCCAAACAUCUUAUGUAAGCAUGAAAAUUGUCAUAAUGGUGAUAGCGAACUGGAUUUUCAGUGUUUGUUAUAUAAAAGAGAUCUGAUUCAAUAUGUAAUAUACUGCUUACAUAUGUUUACAGUGGAUGAGUAAUUGUAUGUUAUUCAAGGUACCACCAAUUAUAAGGGAAUUUCUUUUUGAAUGUUUAACAACAACAAAA